AUGUGCUCGGUCGUACUGCAGCUGUGGUCGCAGGCCUCAGCGCUCUCUCUCAGGCUGCUUCCGACUGCGCUGCGGAGGCGGCAGCACGUGAGCUCUCUGUCUCCGACGGCGACUGCGACCGCGGCGGGCGCGGGCAGUGCCUCUCGGGACCCGGGGUGGGUGGCGGCGCUGCAGAUGCUGCGAGACUCGCGCGAGAGGUACGUCAUCGUUGAUGCCAAGAACGGGCUGGGCAAUCGGCUGCGUGCGCUCGCGUCAGCCAUGGCGGUGGCGGCGACGCUCGACCGGCCGCUGCUCCUCGUGUGGGUGUCUGACCUGCACUGCAACUGCAGCUUCCGGCGGCUGUUUGCGCAGCCGCUGCCCUUCACGCUCCUCGAGGAGGAGAUCCCGCUCGCCAACCUGACCGACCCGCGCCACUUCCAGCGGUACAACUACAUGCGCCCCGAGCCGGGCGCCGUCAAGGACGCGCCCAUCAUCCCCGACCCGCGGAGGCACCUCUACUUCAAGUCUGCCUUUGUGAUGAACCACGCGCACGGCAAGUGGACGCACGCGCAGCAGCAGAUCCAGCGCCUCCACUCCCUCACCCGCACCUCGGGCGGCCUCUCGCAGCAGCCUCUCCGCUUCUACCUCGCCGCAGACUCGGAGGAGGCCUAUGCGAGCUUACUCAAGCGUUUCCCCAACCGCAUCCUCGUCACGCGCCGCGAGUGUGCGAGCGAGCGGUGCGACUUUCGCGACUGCGAGGGGACGCUGUACGCCCUCGUCGACAUGCUCAACCUCGCGCGCACCCGCCUCAUCCUCGGCUCGGGCUGGUUGCCGCCUACCUCGGCGGCUCGCGCGCUCGUCGGCGCCGAGCACGGCCGCUACAGCCCAAAGACGCCAUGCUGCAACCCGCUGGAGGGCGGCACCGACGGCGCGCGACACACGCCGACGUCGUUCCCAAUCCCGACCCUGUCGCUGCCGGACGGCGACCCGGACAAUUUGAUUCAGCAUUUCUGGCCGAGACCGUUUUGA